AUGGCCGCUCAGGAGGAAGUUGAAGACCGUGCCUUCACCCACCAUAGCGACGCAGAUUCUGAAGCCGAACGCCGGCCCCGCCCAAGGUCACUCAGAUCAUGGCGCAGUAGAUCCAGCGUUGGCCGCCCACGAACGCGAUCGCGAGCUCAAAGCAGAGGAGCGGACGACACAGAACUGCACCCAGUGUUCUCAGCUGGCUUCCACGAUGACCAUUCGGUAUACCACAACGAGCAUGAUGUUGAGUCGAAAGAUGAGGACCUUCAAACCGGUGCAAACGGACCAUCCCAGGAUGAUCUCGAGUCGAACGAGAAGUCUGAGUUCGAGAAGGACAGUAAUGAUGAGUCCAAGGAGGAAGUGGAAAGCGGAGACCAAGCUCUGGACGAAGGGGACGAUCGCAGCGGGCAAAACGCGAACCUUGAGAAGGCUCCAUCCAUACGCCGACAACAGACGAACAAGUCUACGGCUUCGAAGAAACAGAGGGACCCGAACAUGGUGUCCUGGACUGGACCAGAUGACCCUGAGAACCCCAAGAACUGGACCGACAAGCGGAAGUGGAUAGCAACGUUUGUUGUCUCUUCGUUCACGUUCAUAUCCCCCGUGGCUUCUUCAAUGGUAGCGCCCGCUCUGCCGCAGAUGUCACAAGACUUGAAUGUCAACACGACGGUGGAGGCUCAGAUGAUGCUCUCCAUCUUCCUGUUGGCGUACGCAUUUGGGCCAUUAUUUCUCGGGCCGCUGUCCGAGCUCUACGGUCGAGUCCCUGUAUUGCAGCUAGCGAAUCUCAUCUUCCUGGUCUUCAAUCUCGCAUGCGGAUUUGCGCAGAACGGCGGUCAGAUGAUCGUGCUACGCUUCUUUGCCGGGAUUGGCGGCUCUGCGCCCCUUGCCAUCGGCGGUGGGAUACUUGCGGACUGCUUCGCUCCUGAGCAGAGAGGCAAAGCAAUCGCAAUCUACUCUCUGGCUCCUUUAAUCGGACCGGCAGCAGGUCCCGUUGCUGGAGGCUUCAUCGCGCAGAACAUCAGCUGGAGAUGGGUGUUCUGGAUAGUGAGUAUCGCGGACGCUGCCGUUCAGAUCUCUGGAUUGUUCUUCUUGCAGGAGACCUGGGCUCCGAAGCUACUCGAGCAGAAAGCGCAGAGGCUCAGGAAGGAGACCGGGAACGAGAAGCUCUACGCUGAGUUCUCCACGCAACAAUCACUGGUGAAGAAGCUGGAGACGAGUCUGGCCCGCCCUUUCCGGCUUCUGUUGACCCAACCGAUCAUCAUCGCCCUGGCAGUAUACAUGGCGUAUCUCUACGGGCUCGUCUACCUUGUCAUCUCCUCCUUCGCGGCCCUCUAUACUUCACCGCAGUACUACGGAGAAUCCACUCAAAUCGCUGGCCUGCAUUACAUCGCUCUUGCAAUAGGCUAUUUCUUCGGCGCCCAACUGACCUCCCGCUUCAACGACUUGCUAUACCGUCGGCUCAAGAAGAAAGCCGGCGGUGUUGGCUCGCCGGAAUUUCGCAUCCCAGUCAUGAUACCCUGCGCCAUCCUACUCCCAGCUGGCCUCUUCUGGUACGGCUGGAGCGCAGAAGCGCGAAUCCACUGGAUUAUGCCGGAUAUCGGGGCGUGUAUUCUGGCUGCUGCUACGAUAUGCGGGUAUCAGUCGAUUCAGACGUAUGUGAUCGAUGCUUAUACGAAGUACGCUGCUAGCGCUGUUGCGAGUAUCACGUUCCUGAGGAGCUUGGCUGGGUUUGGCUUUCCGUUGUUUGCACCGAAUCUGUAUGAUGCGCUGAACUAUGGAUGGGGCAACUCGGUGCUGGCAUUUGUCGCUAUUGCAAUCGGGGUGCCAGCGCCAGCGUUGUUCUGGAAGUACGGUGCACGGCUCAGAGCGAAGUCGCAGUUCGCGGCUGGCCAGGGAUGA